AUGGCGGACGAAAAAGCUAACACAAAUGAGAAUAUUGAACCAAAACAAAAAGAUUUUUACGGAUUCGCCCUGUACACGUACAAUGCACGCAGGUAUGCACGGUUGGUUUUUCAUUCAUGUUUCUCUAUUUUACUGAUUAUUGGUCUUUUUAGACCAAGGAGUGCUGAAGUUGAGGAAAAUAAAAACGGCCAAGACAGUGAAGAUGGAGCUGUGUCAAGCAAAAUUGUAGCUGAGGGAUCUGUGUCUGAUUUUCUUCGCAAGGAGGCGACAACUAAUUAUGAUUUUAGGUGAAUAAUUUUUUAUACCUUUCUCUUUUUCUCUUGAGUUAUUUGCUCUUGAGACAGGCCUGGACCGUAGCCCAAUCGGCUACAACUUACUUGCUUUAGAUUUCAAGGGAACUCUUCUGUGCAUUCGAUUCUCUGCAAGUUUUGUUCGAUUGCGCAAUCCAGUUUGAAUAUUGCACAUUUGAAUUCUAUACAUUUCGCUGUAAAUUUGGUGAUAGAUCCAGACAACAACUUCCACUUGAUAAUUUUGAGUUUUCUCAUUACCUGGUUGUUGGAUAAUGUAUGGAUCUUAUGUAUAGGGAGAAGUAACAUGUUAAUUACUAUGUGGGAAUUAAGGGAUUAACCGUUACUAGUUCACACUUAUCCUCAUGCAUCACCUUGCUAAAAAACAAAGGGGAGAGCAAACUGGACUUAAGAUAAUGCAGAAAAACAACAUGUGUAAUCAAUAGGCUAAAAAGUAAACCUAAUUGUUGUUGUUGUUGUUUUUUUUGGUUGUUAUUUUUUUCACCUCUCACUAACUGAGUGUAAUGGCUAUAAUGGAGAAUAUUUGCUUGAGGUCGUGGCUUUCCAAAAAUACAGUAGAACUCCUCUAACUCAGACUUAGUGAACUCAAACCCCAUGAUAACUUGAUUUCCCCUGAUCCUAUUUUUUUUAAUGCCUAUGUGAAUGCCUGCUAACUCAAACUAUCUUUUGUUUCCCUUGAAAGUUUGAAUUUGUAAGGUUUUACGAUAGUUCAUUAUUAUAUUAUAUCCACUGAACUGCUCUGUAUCACAAAAUCCAACCAAGAAAGAACCAAUGUGAAUGCUGGGAUUUAUCUGCAGGGUGCUUUGUCACAUAAUGAUCUAUUUCCUUUUUGUAGCCUAUCUCUUUUGAGCACAAAUUUGUCAGGAGAGCAGGAAACUGAACUAAGAACUUUCAUGGCCAAACGACUUGCCAGAGGAACAGUCUACAGUGGCAAUGGAAACAUCAAUGUACUUGAAAAUGUUUUUCCUGGUGAUUCAGCACUCUGCUAUUACUGUUUGCUGAGAGGUGGAAAGGAAAGUGGUGACAGCAUAGAACAACAAGACAUGUAUGAUAUUUACCUUAAAAAUUUUUAUUCUUAAGGUGAAAAAUAUUAUCAUGUUGUAGAUGGUGAUUAUUUAUAAUCUCUCUUGUAUGAACUAUGAGUAUAAAUGGGUAGUAACUGUUGUAAUAUGCCUUUGCAUGCUAAAUUAGCACACUUACUAUGGAUAUUCCCUAAAUGCAACAUUCUUUGUUCAUGCUAUAAUUAUAUGCAGUUGGCGCUAUAAACAUAGAAUUAUGAUAGUGUGUGAGAGUGCAGAAAAUUAGACCACUGAGUUUCUGAAUAAACUUCGCUCUUAAAAAAAAGAAAGCUAGUCUUGUCCAAAUACUUCUUCAUGUUUGGAGCAAGAAAAGCACCACAUGAGGAAACAGUAAUGACUGUCUGGGGAACCUGAAGUUUUGAGGAGAAAGCCUUGAUUGACUGGCUUCCCAUUCAGGGAGAAUAGCAGUUCUUAAAGUGACUUGGUGCUUCAUAACCUGGGAUAAGGUCAGGAUGGAUGGGCUACUUGGCUACAUUUUUUCUUUCUGUAUACAACUCCUGUAUAGCCUUCUACCACUUUCAUUGAAGCCUUCAGAGCCUUCUUUGGAACACUAAAAUAUAACAAGGUCUCCCUCCCCUUUCCAAAAACAAUCAAAAAAGACUGAUUCAUCCUUGUUUGAUAUAAUCUUCUCUUAGUUACCUACAGGUUUAAGCAUGUUUACUCUUGAAUUACAGGGAUUCCCCUGGAUUUGGGAGUUUUCUAUCUAAGGAUUAUGUCAUCUGUCUUGUUUCUGGGAGUGAAAGUGGAUUAGACUUGUAUCCUUAAAAUAGCACAGGAUCAGAUUUAAGUGCUUUCUCUUUGGUGAAGGUGAUUGUAGAGUGCAUCCCCCAUCUCACAGCUUCUCUCUAAAGGUCUUCCUCUUUCUUUCUCCAAAAAUGAAAUGAUUGUGUAAUGUUAGUUUAAUAUUACUACAAUAUUUGAAAAUAUCUUCACUCUCAAGAUCUCAAAGUCAGUCAUCCUUGCUCUCUGCUACUCUUUUCUUUACCAAUUAUCAAUAGAAAAUAUUGUGGCGUAGACAAAGUGGGACCAAGGCCACCAGAAAUUUAACUUUUCAAUUCAGAUUGGUUGAAGAUAAUUUUUACUCCUACCAACUGCAAUACUGGAAACAGUGUUUUCACUUACAUCAAUGUAGCCUUAACAUCUUUCUCAGAUUUCAAAAAGAGCUUGAUGAAUACAGCAAAGGGCUUCUACCAUACAUUGACAAAUAUACUGUAAGCUUAAUAUCUUUUAAACAAAUUGCACUUGCAUAUUUACAAAGUAGAUCACGCAGUCACAAUUAUAUUAGUAAUUUUGAGACAUGUUAUCUUUUAAGGAAUCAUUAGAUGUUCAAGAGAGCUUCAAGCAUCUAGAAUUUUGGUAUGAGGAAAAUGUAAGUCUAAUAACUAAAUUCACUCUAUAAAUCUGUGCUCUAACACAGUCUUGAUCUACUCUUGAGGAAAGAGUAACUGUAUAAAAUGUUAAAUUUGACUCACACUAAGUCUGAAUAAUUUUCCUCUUUAUUUGCCAAAUCAAGUAAACCUGAUCAGCCAUACUGUGUAAUCAUUUGUCAUCAGAAAUAAUUGAGGUGAACACAGUAUCUCCUCCUUUAUCUCCCUUGUCAAAAUUCAUCUGCUUUAUGUGAUUGUGAAUUUCACCAAUGUUGUCUACUGUCAGCAAAAACAAUCAUCUUGCUUUUUCUCUGCUUUUCUCUCAACAUAUUCACAGAAUGCAGCCUACAUUUCCCAUUGCCAUCUUCCUUUUUAUUUCCUUUUAGUUUUCACCUCCCUUUGGGUGACCUUGAACCAUGUCAAUUUACUGCUUUUUUUUGUUAUAAUUCUACUACAUUUAUUUGAAAAAUGUUUCCUCCUUGCUUUUAGUGAGGAUAAACUGCAUCAGCCUUGAAUACUUACUGUUGGAUCAAGACUUCUCAGAAAUGCCUGUAAUUUGUUUUUUACAGGUUGAGUUUGUAUGUCGAUGCACAAGUCUAUUGAAGGAAGACCUGGCUGUUCUCAUAGGGCUGGUGAGAAAGUAGGGCCAUUCCCAACCUAUAUGCACAGGAUCAAGCUUUUUUCCAUUGUUGGAAUAACAUGAUAGGAUAAAGGUUUUCUUAGAACAUUGAGGGUUACAGUUUAACCUUUAAAAGGAGAUAAGGUGGCUUGAUGGUUGGGGUACUAUUCUCUGAUUCAAGAGGUAUAGGUUCACCCAUAGAUAGUUUUCUACCAUGUAGAAUGCUUACACACACCCCCUCCCCCUCCAUGCCUCUUUCUAACAAGAAGUAUAAAUUGGUAGCACAGUAGUGCAAAGUCAGAAAUUUUUAGAAACCUGACAAAAUGCAUGGAGGGGGUGGGGAGGGGUAGGGUUUGCCCUUCAGUGCACCAGUAUUCAGUUCAGUCUUUAGACUAACUACUUUGUUGCAAAAUUUAUAAAUAGACAUUCCAUAAACACUAGAAAUGUUUUUCUUAUGUGUGUGUGUUUUUUUAAAUUUAAUUUGCUUUCUUUUUUACUCUACAGGGCCUUUUAGGUGGAAGUUUAGAGGUGCAAAGUGAUGAUGAAAAGCUUAAAAUGGACCUGAAAAUGUGAGCUGCAUCAUUAGGUUUUUUGUGUUGUUAUGAAUGAAUACUUUGCCUCUUGGAGCUGAAAAUUUCUUCUAAUCCUCUAGGUUUGUUGAGGCUUGUAGCAUGGUGAAUGUGUUGGGAACAUCGGUGGAUAUCCCCAUGGUAAGUUAUGUUUUAAAAGAGGAAUUUUUUAGAUACUGAAAACUCAAAGUUCAUCAUGAUAGCAUUGUAAAUCAGUAUUGACUAAUCAGGGGUUAAGCAUCCCAUCCAGGGCUUGUGGGAAUACUCCUUGUCACAUCAUGCCCUAAAGACCAUUUCAUUUCAUUUACUUCAUUUUCAUUUCAUUUUAUUUUUAUUCAAACAUGGUCAAUUCAUCAGCCUAAAAAAUACAUAUCACAUAUGCUAGAAUAUUUAAAACUCAAACUAUAUACUAUAACACUAAAAGCUGUUUUCCGUGAGUGCCGUGCGUUAGACUUAAAGAAUGUCAUUGAUCUUACGUUUAAAUACCCCCAGAGACUCUGUGUUCCUUAUAUCGCAUGGUAGACUGUUCCAUAAUGUGGCGCCAUUGUAGCUAAAACUUUUUCAGUAAUAAUUAGUGCGCGGUAAGGGAACAUCGAGCUUAUUUUCAGAGUCCCUGAGGUCAUAAGCAGAGUCACGCCACGUAAACUUUGAACACAGAUACUCUGGAGCUAGCCCGUGCAGACAUCUAAACAUCAUGGUGGCUUUGUGAAUUUCCUGCUGGUGUAGAUACGGUGUAGUGCCUUUUGGGCCAGUUAACUUUAUAGUGCAGACUUUACCUUCCCUUACAGCCCCCCUCUUAUCUUCUUAUGGACUGGUAAAAGGGGCUGUUAGGCAAAACCAAAGCACAAGAGCCUGCUCUCAGGGCAAACAGAAGGCUGUAAGUGGUCUUGCCAGCUGGGGUAGACAGUGGGUAAGGGGCAUUUAUUCAAACCUCGGCAAGGGUUAGUAAUUAUUGCCAACAGGGAUAUAUCAUCAGUAGACACUGAGACAAGUUCACAUCUAGUCAGAAUGCUGAGACAGUGGUGUUCCAAGUUCAAGGAAGCAGAGUGCUGAACUGUACACACUUGUAAUGCUUUUUCUGUCUGAAUUAACAGUUGAAUGUAACAGUUCUCCAUCACUUAAAUUGGUAGGAUAUGGAAAACAAGAAACUGUCGAAGUGUUGCACAGCCAUACCUAGCAAAGUCACCUUGAAAGCAGAUGGUGGGGAGUAUGAGUUAAGCAGUAAAGGUAUUUUGGGCAUGUAGUCAGCAAACGAAACUUGACUUUGGAUGUCCAAAAAAAGGUUUUAUGACUGUAAAUAUAAUGAGAAAGAUGGUAAGGGACUUGAAGGAGUGUACUGUGUUGUGCUCCAGCACUGUUGCAUGUUCAUGAUGAGAUGAAAGAGCUUCUUUUUCCAAGUUUGUACUAUCUCUGGUAGAACCUAAAUCGUUUGAAGUAACUUCAGAUUAGAGCAGGAGUCCUUUAUAAACAACUGAGAUUUUGAUUGGUCAAAACUACUGGUCAAAUGGAAAUUGAGCGUUUUUUCUAUAAAAGCAAUAGAAUGCACCUGCUACUGGUUUAGCAGUGUAAUAAACCACUUUUGGAUGUUGGGAGAAUGCUUGAAAAGUUUGUAAUCACAAGCCAGAGGGGAAGAAUUUACAAACUGUUUGUGUGUUUUCCCAACAUCCUUAGUGUUUUUGUUGUGCUGGUGAAACUGAUAGAGAGUGCAGUCUAUUGCUAUUACAAAAUAAACCUCGAUUUUCUUUGGGUUGACCAGUGGUGCAAUAAACAAUAGGGUUUUGACCAAACAGGGUUCUUGUAGUAUCUAGGUCAUUUUCUAAAGUUUUAUAAUACAUGAACUGUGUCUGAGAGAAAUUUGUCACAUGAUAAUUAAGUCUAAAUCUGGAAUUGUUUUCUGAUUUUUUUUGUAGUAAGUACGCGGUUUUGUAGAGAAUGGGCAAAAACCAUGUUGAGUGAAGCAGUGGACAAUCCUGUCUUCCUUCGACAAGUGAUUGAGAACUACAAACUGAGGGUAAUUUUUGCUAAUCUGAGUGCCUGUUCCAUUUUACUUUUGUGUGCGAUUGAUCUAGAAAAAAAAAGGCUAUUUUUUUCCAAACCAAUCAAAUUCAAUACCUUUAACAAUCGCAACUAGGCAACUGGCCCUCCCCCACGUAAUUUUUCAUUUUCAGCUAUGACAUCUCAUCGGUUCAUUUAGAUAUUCACUUCUUCUGAUUGGCUGUUUAGACUUCUCUGCAUCUAUGACCCGACCCAAACCUCCAUCGCUUUUUUUCUGCCGCUAUAAUCGCACCGUUAAUCAAUUCGCUUCGUUUUCCUGACUGAAUGCCUGAAACAGGCGCUUUUAUUAUGUGCAUCUUUCGCAUUUAAAAGACAGAAGGCAGCGUCAAAUGCUGUAACGUGUCCAUUAUUGUCCUUUAUAUGUUGCCAAGAUACCUAACUGAUAUUGUCUGGUAUUUUGUGGCUUUACUGAACUAGUAAUUGCAUACAUUUUCUUUCUUCUGAAAAGCAAUACUCUUUUCUUAGAUAUCACCGGUUUCCUUGUUUUAACACAGGACUCUACAAAACGUUUGUUGUAAGCGAUGCGCACUUUUCUACGAGAAGAUAGGCGAAAUUUCACGUUAUGAGUUCCGGUGUAAAACCCCAUAAAGCGAAUUUUAUGCCUGACAUGAAUUGGUUGCUAAUGCAAUGACUUACUGGCUUUUUAAUUUUCUGCGAACGUUUGAUGCCCGAACUUCCUGUCUCAGACAUUUGUAUAAAACUGAGUUAAUCCCUUAAUCUUUUAAUUAUAUAUGAUAAUCAAGACCUUGAAUAGAUAACAAUUAGGUCUGAAAUUCAUUAAGGCAGUAGUAUCUCAAUGAAAAGCCCUACGUCGAUCUUUGAACAAAACCAAGUGAAAAUUUGACGGAAAAAAAAUUUUCUGCCUGUAUUGAAAAGAAACGCUCUUAGACCUAUAAAUAGAGAUUCUUUAGAAUUGUCUGUCAGAUUACUGCUUCUAAAACUAACAACACCUCUUGUCUGGCCGCCAUUAAGUUGGAUGGCUAGAUUUGAGCUGAGAGUAUCCCGGUCUCGAAAUCUCCGGGUAAGAAGGGCUAUGGUGAAAUGGGACAGUCGAGGCAUGGUCUUCCUGGCCGCCCCUGAGAAGUUUGUUGUGCUCGACAUUACUGUUAAUAUGGAUGUCCAUCCACAUCCUGGACCUGAAGAAGUGGAUAAUGACCACGGUAAACGAAAACAGAGCUCCAACUCCUCGGACUCUGCUUGUCAACCUGCAAUUGGGUCAGUCAGAAUCCAUUGCUCUCACAAUCGUGACAGGCUACUUUCGCUGAGACGUUCGGCGGGCCGACCUGCGCCUCAUGUUUUCGAUACCCUUAAAUCCCUGGGAAUUCUGAAAUACAGAGGUCCGGGAUUACGAAGAUUGGGGAAAAUUACUAAAAAUAUCUCUGCAUCGCAACACUCCGACAGAUGUCGACCCAUUGAAGUUGUUAAAACCCGGCGGUUUGCUAGACCUUAUCGCUUCCAAGAUCCCGCUAAGAACAGAUAUCUUACAGCUAUUCCUCGAGAGCCUACUAAAUCAUCUACCGAUUGCUCGGAGUUUGCCGUUCCCAAGUGUAUGUUCAUCAAUAUUUGCAGUCUCGCAAAACUAAGAACAAAGUGCGUGCGGCGGUUGGACUUGAGGCUGACUUGCGAUCUAAAGAUAUUGAUGUUUGUGUCGUAUCGGAAACACACCUCAAACCGGCACAACCGGAUGCGAUUGUAAAUAUUGAGAACUAUUCCAUCUUUCGUAGAGACAGAAAUUGGAAUGGCAGAGAUAUGCGCAAUAAGGGUGGGAUUGCUAUAUACAUCAGGAACAAUCUUGCAGUAGAGGAUGUUUACCGCUCUAGUCUUUAUGAAUUAAUUUGUAUAACUCUGCGACUUCCCAAGGGACAUCGAUUUGUAAUAUGUGGAAUUUAUCAUCCCCCAAAAUUUAAUUAUGCAGAGAUCGAUCUAAUGAAUCAUCUUGUAAAUACCGUGGAUAAUAUACUAGACAAACAUCCACAAACAGUUGUGUUGUGCGGUGGCGAUGUCAACAAACUGGAUAUCAAACGCUUCGAAGAAAUGUCUGGUUGGAAUGCUCUGGUUAAUUUCCCCACCAGAGGGAAUUCUUGUUUGGACAACUGUUUCACGAACCGCACGGAUCUCUUUUCAAAGUGCUAUCCCUUUCACAUGCUCUCCAAGACGGAUCACAUGGGAGUUAUUUUACCACCCGGUAUAAAGCUUCCACCUAUCCGCCGUAAAGUAUACGUGCGUGACCAAAGGGCUCAUAGAAAGCGUGAUCUGUAUAUCGCGUUGGCGAAGGAAAACUGGGAUGAUAUGAUACAGGAAACUGAUGUCGAUGAAGUGGUUGGUAGGCUCGAAAAUACCAUCCUAGGGCACCUGGAUAGCUGCAUGCCUCUGAAAACAGUGCGCAUGUCUUCAAGAGACCCGGGCUGGAUGACUCCGCUCGUUCGAUCGAUGAUACGAGCCAAAUCACGCAUAUCACUCAGUAAUCUAGACCGUCUUAAAGUUAUGAAUAAAAGGAUCUCUGAAGUGAUUUUCAGAAACAGAAGGGACUUUAUCGCCUCUAUUGGAACUCGGGAUUGGUGGAAAAAAGUGGAUAAAACAUCUCAGCGCCGCAAGCCGGUGAUUUCUCUAUCUCUUGGCCACUACGAACUCAACGCGUUAAAUGACUACUUUGGUGACCUAUGUACUGACCACGCCUACAGAAAGCCAACACCUCUGGAGAUUAGUGAAGAUCAGGAAGUCCCAGAAAUCUCAGAGCGACAAGUCCUGAAUUCUCUUAUGCGUAUAAAGAAAACAGCAACCGGACCAGAUGGCAUCCCGUAUACUAUAUGGAAAGACCACGCCGAGCUAUUCGUUCCAGUGAUCACCUGGAUUUGGAAUCUGUCUCUUAGAACACACGCCUGGCCUGUCUCUUGGAAAAAGUCAGACCUGUACCCCUUGCCGAAGGUUGAUAUACCUAAGGGAAUAUCAGACUUCCGCGGAAUAAAUGUGACACCUGUCAUCGCAAGGUGCUUUGAGAAAGCUGUCUUAGGAACACACGCAAGGGAGACCUUCGAUGAACAUUCUGGGAUCUCACAGUUUGCAUACAUAGAGGGAGGGAGCUGUACCAAUGCUCUACUGACUAUCCAACAUACUGUCAAUCAAUAUCUUGAUAUCCCAGAGUGCAAAGCGGUACGCCUAUUCGCUAUGGAUUUCAGCAAGGCUUUUGAUAGUGUGAAACACGAUCUCCUCUCACACAAAUUGAAGCAACUCCCCCUAAAUCCUUUUAUAGUUAACUGGUAUCUAAGCUUUUUGGAAGACAGGCAGCAGAGAGUCAUUAGAAAUGGGUUUAUUGGAAAAUGGAAAAGUGUCAACAAAGGUACCACCCAAGGAAGUGUCAGCGGGCCGCACUUGUUCAAUGUCUUUCUCAGUGAUUUAGAGAUACACUUGGACAAUAAGAGCGUGCUGGUAAAAUAUGCAGAUGAUACAACCAUUAUCUCGCCUGUGAUAGGUGAUAAUGACAAUUCUAUCGCACUGAUUAAUCAGUUUUCCCAGUGGUCUAGAAGUAAUGGUAUGUGUAGCAAUCCAUCUAAGUGCAAGGAAAUCAUUUUCCGCAAGAAAGGUUGUACAAUAGAGUUUCCGAUGGUGUCUGGAAUACCACAGACAAAAGAGCUUACUAUUUUAGGGGUAACAUUUCAGGAAGACAGUAGGUUCAUAACACAUAUUCGGGAAAAACUAAUUAAAGCAAACAAGUGCCUGUUCAUUUUAAGAUCUUUAAGGAAAGAAGGGUACAAUCAGGCCGAAAUAGACCAUCUGUUUCUAAAUCUGGUUCUACCAAAUAUAUUAUACGGGUUGUCCGUAUUUGGCGCUGUAAAUUCCGAAUUAACAACAAUCCAAUGUUUCUUAGAUAGAUGUUAUAAGCGCAAGUAUACAUCCGAUCACAUUAAUGUUUAUGAAUUGUUAGUUCAACAGGACACGCGUAUCUUCAAGAAUGUUUUUAAUAAUACAAUACACCCUUUAAGAGCUAUAAUGCCAAAAAAGAAAUUAACCAAGUACAAUCUGAGGAAAGAGACAAGUCACCAUCCUAAAAUAAACACUGAUAGGUUCAAAAACACGUUUGUUAAUCGCUUAAUUUUUAAACAUAAUCUAGUCUUAUAAUUUUUAUCUUGAUUUUCUCUGUAAUUUAUAUAUAUACCUUCUUUUAAUGUUGUAACAUAGGAUAUGUGAUUAUUUAUCUUAUGACUUAAUAAAGAUUCAAUUCAAUUCAAUUCAAUUAAGCACAAGCUUGAUUGCACUCUUUUUUGUUCGAAUUCUGACACCCCGCCUUGUUACACUGCUUUCGAGUUGUUAACGUGUUUGAUAUCUAUCUUUUUUUCCCCACAGGUAAAUCACGAUUUGAAUACAUUGAAGAGACUCCUGAGACAGGCAGAGACUGAUCAUUAUGCUUUGUAUAGGCAAGUUUCCAACAAUGAUAUAAUCAAAAUACUAUAUUUCUGUUGUGGCGUGGAAUAUGAGGCAGGGAGGGGAGGGGAGGGUGGAAAAACAACAUGUCCUAACAUUACUUCUAACUUGAGCUGGUUGAGUUGUCCACUGCCUGUUCGCUGCGAGCUUCAGGAUUAGGUUGUACUGACAUAGUAAUAGGAAAGAAUUAACAACUCAAAACCUUAUAUUUGCCGAAGUAGCUUCGAAAUGGCCCUAGAGGUGAACAAAAGACGUUCUCACUUCGAAGUUUAUAAAACGCAGAAUUUUAGUACCUGUUUUGUUUACUCCAACACAUUUAAUUCAUAAUUUUGCAUUAAGGUUCAAAUGAAUCUCAUCAAGCCUAAACCGCUCGUGAUUUUAACAAGGAAAUUUUAAGAAUUAAAAGCUUUCCGUGCAAGACGAAUCGCUCGUUACUUUUUUAAUACAUUUCAUAAUCUUUGCUCCCUUGACGACAAUUUUAAUUUUUCCGGACAGGAACUUUUGUAAACGCUUCACUCACUGCAGCUUUUACUGCGUAUUCACUUUGCAUAUAGUUAACUGAAAAGCAUAAAAGUAAUAUUUCCAAAGAAUAGUAAUAUCUCUUUGUAAGUUUGUAUGAAUUUUUAUUUUUUUUAUCUGCAAUGUCAAUUGCGACAAGAACGAAUCAUUUCGGUUCGAGGAGUUUUUAGUUUGUCUCGACACUCUAGUAAAAAGAAAUAAGCAAACUCAUUUCGUAUAACACGUUUUUCACAACUUUUAAUUUCCCAGAAAUUUAAUAUAGCUUGUUGAAUUUUAAAUUUGCCCUACUUUUGUAUGCUGACUUGAUUUUGUUUGUUGAAACUGCUUUGUUCAACUUAUUCAAAGUCAAAUACGGAAAACGGUCAAAGAAAGGCAAAGAGCCAUUUACUUUCGUCUAAAAUCAACAUCAGAGACUACGUGUCAGUGAAUCCAUUGUGCAGCUGUAGAAAACCAUUCACGCGUUACUAAGUGACAAUGUCAUUCAGUUGUUUUUUUUUAACUCUUAUCUCAAAAGAGUUACCGAGAGCUUCAAAAUUAGUCGCAAAUUUGGACAAUGUUGAAAACGAGAAGUACUAUUGAAAGUACCACUCAGAUAUUUGAAAAUCAAGUUUACUUGACCUAAGGUUUCAAACUGUCGCUGUGGUUUGUGAUAACUUGUUUGCGCAAGUUGUCCAGCUAAUUUAACCGUCUAAUUCUUUUUAUCUCGCUGCAAUUGUUGUUUGUUCAGUCAUACACGCAGUUGUUUCUAGGCGCAUCGAAGAGAGAGAAAAGAAAAUUGUAUGUAAUUGUGUGUUACCUAACCACUCCUUUCGGGAAUUCAGUCGACUCUGUAGUGUGCUUCAGGGCAAAAUAUUGAGUCAAACUUCAAGAGAGUGUGUUAUAGACUAAUGUCAACACCGCAAAAUCGAAGCGUGAAUUUGUUAUUAACGGAUAAUUGUGGUCGGUUUGUUUCUGUUUGCGUCACUAAGAUAAUAGGUCAGUUCGGAAUGAUAACGCCCCGCUCUUGUGGGUUCAGAAAGGCAACACCCCCGUGCACUGCUUUUUCUUGUCGCGCAAUUGAAUCCGUGUUUACCAAUUUUGGUUUUUUUCAUUUCGCCUUAGGCUUUAACUAUGCGUGUUAACAUAUUUCUAGAAACACUGAAGAUAUUUGUUGGGUGCAUUUAGGCUGUUUGUUCAGUUUUAUUUGAAAAUAUUUGCAUAUCAGUAGUGGUGUGAAUAGCACAUAUGUGACUAUUUUCUGUUGGGUCAAUUUAAGGAUUGAAAAUAAGCGACAUCAGAUGUGAAUUUCAUUGUCCUUCGCAUUCGUAUUCCUUCGUAAUAGCGUGAAUUUUUUUCUUGGUGUUUGUCAUUUCACCGUUUAAUUAGGAAAGCCACGAUGCGCUCGCUGAAAAUGGAUGGCUUCCUCGUCAGGUGCCACGAGCUGCGUCACGACAUCUUAAAAAAGUUUUUUCAAAUGAAUGAAAUGGUUUUAAACAAAAGGAAACCGACCAGCUAAUAUCGAAGACGUUUCUGUAGGUGGUUAAGAUUAACACAAGUUUUUCACAGUAUCGGUCUGCCUCAGUUGUCGGUAAAGUUUCCGCACAGCCCCAUACUACAUUAUGCAUUCAGUUCUUGGAUAGAGAAAACAAUGACAAAAACAAUACAUUGCCAUUAGGAAAACAGAUCUGUUUUACAAUAGUAUGGGUCUGUGCGGAAAUUUUACCCAGUUGUCAACCAUGUGCAGAAAAAAAACGUUUCAAAGCAAAUGAAAGAAAGUGAGUUGUUUAUGAUAGCUAAAAUAACUUUAUUCCACGAAACAACAAUCAUUCCACCAUUCCGUGCGUUAUCGAGUUAUAUUUAACACGGAAGAACUCGAAUAAAAGAAGAGACUUGCUUGAGGCAUAGCCGGAGGCGAUUUUAGCUUCUCGAAUGUUUUACCAAACUUUCCGCGCGCACUGUAAAGCGACAUUGCGUGCAGGAUAGAAUCAUAAAUCAAUUUUUUCGUCUUUCUCUCUCUCCGAUUGGCUGGAAUGCGCAACGACCCUUGCUCUGCAGACUAUCUGGCCUAACUGGGCCAAUGCAUAGUUAGAAUUCUUGAAAACAAACCUAUGGAAAUUUGCAAACUAGUUUAGAAAAUAUAGCUGAUUAAUUCAUGGAAAGAAAACAGAAGAGAGGAGUCAUUUUUGUCUCUCCAGAAAUGUUUGUGAGUUUAAUUUUGCGUAGAGUUUUGUCUUCGCCAAAUGCACGUUAGAAUUUUGAGGACUCUUAAAACUCUUACACGUGAAAUUUCUGUUGUUGAUAUGCAUUUCAUAUCGGUUGCUUGAUAUUCGCAAUUCAUGAUUCUAUUUUAGUCUGCAAGAAGAAAGUAUCUUUUUCUGAUGCAAAGAAUUGAAUUUUGCUCGCCAAUAUUUGUGUAAACCCUGUGUUUUGUAUAUUUCCGGUGGGAAUUUGCACAAAACCAUGCAAAAACGUCUUCGGAAACAUCUUUUAAUGUUGUACUGAUUUGGUACACUGGACAAUUUCAAGAACUAACAAUUUCCCUCGCUGAUCGAAGAGUAGCCGAAUGUUUAAAACACGCCUCUGUUGUUUAGUUAUCAUAUAUUCAUACCAUGAUUUUGUAUAUACGUGCUUAAUGUUUUCAAGUUUUUCUUUAAGUCUUAGUCGUGUUAAAAGACAAAGACAGUUUAGCGCAAUCAUUUUUUUGGAGACCUCAGUAAUGGUGGAAAAACUGACCUAUAGUCAAUUUCUUUAUUGUUCGGUAAGGCCGAUCGCAACAUAUGGUGCAAAUUGCAGAGAAGUAGCACAAUUCAGCAUUUUAAUCCUUGAAACCUUAAUUAAAUCCUUUGCGGGAACAAGAGGUAUCUGUUCUUCAGAGAAAUGGUUUAUAACAGAGCCUGCAAGUUUGCAUCAUGUUUCUAUGGCAAGUAUUAUAGAGAUAGUUAACGAAGGCUUGCAACAUUUAAUCCCCAAGUUCAGCUCGAAAUCAGAAUUGCAAACCGCUAAACAAGAGUGCCAGUUUCUGUUGGACAGCGUCCAGCCAAAAAAAACUCGAUUAGCAGCGAGAUUCACUGAUAGAAACAAAUCACUAGAUUUAAGAUAAAGAAUAUUUAUUUUUUUAUUUCAUUUUCGCCCCCUGUCAGCAUUUUUGAACUUUGCCGUCGUCAUAUUAUCUAAGAAACGUCAGAUAUUAUAAACCAAAUAUCUGUCUGUGAAGCUAUUUAUAAGCUCUGCCAUCAAGUAAAAAAUACCAGAGAAAAUUCAAUUAGUAGUGCGUGGACACUCAACCUUUCAAGUGGCGAUUUUUUUCGCUUAUAAUUUCAGCACACGAUCCACAACAGAGACGUGAGCAUAUCUUUACUUCUCUGUCUGGUGGGAAGAUGACACUGCAUCUAUUUUUAAACAAUCAUGAUGAUUGAUUGAUUUUCGAUUGAAGAAUUGUUGCAUGAUGAACACUCACUUGGUUCUAUUUUUUUAAGAAACAUCUUUAGAUUUAUUUCUACCACUGUCUGUUUUUCAAAGGAACCAUAUGAAAAUUCACUUUUUUUGACCAUCCACUUAUGAUCACAAGUUGAAUCUUAUCGUAUCUUCUUCAAGUUUUUAUAUUUUGUAAAGAAGAAAACAUUGACAAGGCGAAAUUUUGUUUCGUAAGAAAAAUAUUUAAAAUGUCUGUUUGUGACCUUCUUGCGUGUGGAUAAUCGCCCUCAAUACUUUUUUCUGUCUUUCCCGGAAUUAAGCUUUUCAUAUCAUUCCCGGCCAGAAAAAUUAAUUAUUUGAGGCACGAAAUAAGAGAAGAGAGAGAGAUUGAUCAACGCCGCCCACGAUCACGACAUCAGUUCCGUACUAAAACUCUGAAAACCCAUUUGACCAAAUAUGGAUGUGCAAUGCAGAAAUAUUUCGAAUCAACUUCCGCCCGUCCUUCUGACAAUCUUUAAAUCGGGUUUGGUUGGCUCAAGCCGUAUUACCUUCCCUUCCGCGCUUUCUCAGCGCUUGCUACAUGAGUACUUCCGUUGAACACACGGCGAAAGCUCCGUGGGAUACUCGCGGACACUGAAUGCCUCUAACUAGAUCUGAUACACGUUCAUUUGACCAUUCAGUGCUUUCAGGGAAUCGUCGUAGACUCCUUUCGAAGUCAAUACUCGUCCAUCCUCCUCGCGUGAGCGCACGCAAGGUUUACGCGAAUAAUGAAAAUUAGUCUCUAUGGAAAAUAAGAACACCAGUUGGAACAGUCUUUGGACUUGGGACCUAGUACUAUCGCACUGUCAUGUCAGUUAAACCAUCAAACGCCUUCAUAUUUACCUUGAAAGCAACUGAGGUUUUUUUCUUGGCACUCAGUUGAACAUUGGCGGAGAAAAAGUGGUGGGUUUAUUUACCUUGGCCCCUGACUUCGUCGUGUCAGCACAUGAGUAGUGUCAAUCUAUGGAAGGGGUGUGUUGAUGUAAGUUUUCCGGACUGCAAAGCAUAUUUGAUAAAAGAAAACGAUUUAAAAUCAUUAGAAAAAUCCCCCAGAAUGCGGGACCUAACCCUUUAAAGAAAAACUAAAGUAAAAUAGUAGUGAGGGGAUUACAAGUUGAUGCAAUGCCAAAUCUCCAAACUACCAUCAGGAUAAUUGUAUGAUACACAGUAAGGAGAAUUACUGAUAAGAAAAAAAUAAGUGUCCUUGACGCUAAACAUACUCCAGAUAGGUUUCGCUACAGAAAGAAUUGCUUCUAAAAUGCCAUAUUUAUUACCUAACGUGCUUACGGAAUUGUUGUGUCACUUGGCUUCACUUCCACAUUGUUUGACCCAGACUAAUAUUUCCGAAUUCAAUCCACCGAAAAUGCUUGACCCAUUAACCCCUAGCUAAGUGGUUAAAGGGGUGCUGUCAUUCCCGGCGCUUUCUGGCAUGAAUACAAAUUUUCCAUAUGACCGGAUUGCCAACUGACAGGCUGGCUGAAGCAUCUACUUUUUUAGCGAGAAUUAAGAUGGCUGAUGAUAGUUUUGAGCGAAUAGCCGUAGAUUUAAUUACACUAAAUGCCUCAAACUAGAUCUGACAUAGGAAGCUUCCGAGAGGUAUUUGUAAACAGUUCAUGUCUUUCAGCAAAGUGCCCUUUUGAGCGGUUGAGUGAUAUUGUGUUCAACUCAACAGAUUUAGUAGAGCUUGAGGCGACUGAUGGCAUCCUGUGGUUAUUUAAAGUGGUUCAGUCGUGACUUGGCUAUUCCACCUUCACUGUUCACGAUAGAGCAAACGUUUUGUUUAUUUUCAGUUCAGUUUUUAAAGAAUGAAGACUUUCUGACAAGGAACGAGAAGUUUGGAUGCCUCAAAGAAAUGUUACUGCUCGAGAAUGUUGGCUUUGACGCAUCAGCUUCGACAAUCGAUUGACCGGAUUUUGGUGCAAACUUGUCAUGUGGUCGACUUUGUGCCAAGAUCUUGUUUUGGAUUCGGCCAAUUUUAAAUUAGAUCAUGGUCAACACAGUAGAGACUUACUAUACCGUGACCUAUUGACAGGACGUGAUUCAUUUAAUUAAGAACUACCUUGAAAUUGAAAUUACACUAGUUGAAUAACUAACGUUAUCUACACGUCGCGCUCUGAACUGAUAAGAGAUAUAACUUAUCAAACUGGCGGUGUCCGUGAUUAUUAUUAUUAUUGUUGUUAUUAUUAUUAUUAUUAUUAUUAUUUUUAUUAUUAUUAUUAUUAGUUAGAUUUAGACUUUUAAACUCUUUGUUUUAUUUCUGAACUCUUAACGUAAUUUAUUAAAGUAAUGAAGCUGAGUUUGGUACUUUAUUAGCACACGUAUACCCAAUAUGUACGUUCCUUAUUUUAGGCGGUCAUCUUUUGCUUUAGGUGAUACAUUUCACGCAGACGUAUUCUCUUGUCUGUGUUAGUUAUUUUUCUGUAAUUAAUAUUUUCUAAUUCGGGUUUCUUUUGUUUUUUCAGGUCGUAUGUGUUUCUCCUCAAAUGUGGAAAUGGCCCUAUUUUGCUCCGAAACGCCACAUUAGAGGCUCACGCUCUCUGUUCUGACGAUACACUCAAUAUAAUUAAAGUGCUAGAGGAGUACAUUGAGGAGAACGAUAACUUUGGAAUCAAAGCUCUGGCAGAGUGAACAGAAACGAUACAACGAAAUUCAAUUUCCUCUUUUGAGUGCACCUAGUCAGGCCCAGCCCAUCGAAAAUUUAUUCAAUUAAGAAUACUGUUGCAAUUUUCAAAUGGCUUGUAUUUAAUAUAUAUAUAUAUAUUGUGGGAUUACGG